GCCGACAAAGCACCAAUGGCAACCGCCUUAUCAUUUUUCUCUGCUUUCUCUUACAUAUCCAGACAGACCCUUCCACCUGCCAACCGCUGCUCCUCAAACCUUCCCGUGACACGAAAACCCUCCAAAUCCAAUUAUACUACCGUUGCGGGCAUACUUGGGGCUGGUUUGGCCCUGACCGUAGUAGGACCCGCCUCAGCUGCAGUUUUACCUUUGUCGGUUAGCUCAGUGAACCCGUCAACGCGCUAUCUUUGCUCACCUGGGCUAUUCAUGUUUCCAGUGUUGUUGAGUGGCUUGGCUGUAGGCCUGGCAAGGGCCGGUUUGGCUAGCCGAAAAUUGGUCGACAGUUCUGGAGCUGGAAUUGGGAGGAAGGGGACUAAUUGUGAUGCCACCCUCAUAGCAAUCAACUCUCUUUCCUGGCAUUGAUUUGCAUAUGUCGAUAAUUCAGUCAUGAGCGUAUUUUGUAUAUUUAUUAUUAAAAAAAAAUAAAGUAUAACUUAAAAAGAGUUCUCCAUUAA